AUGGAUGACCAGUACCAAGGGAUGCAUGAACAGUACCAAGGCAUGGAUGAACAGUGCCAGGCCGUGGGUGAAGAGCACAAAGCAGGAGAUGACCGGAAAGAACGGAAAGAAGGGCGCCUUGAGGAGGAAGCGGCUGGAUCUCUGAGGGAGAGGCUGAGGGAGAAGGAAGCAGCGAUGGAGGGUCUGCUGGCGAAACUCCAAGAGGCAGAGAAACAGCUGAGGUGCCUUCGCCAGCGAGAUUCACAUUCCGCUGCCACUGUUCCUGGCCAAGACAAGACCCAGAUGGAUAGCAAAGACAUUGAGAUUGAGCGUCUCACAGCCGAACUCCUGUUCAAAGAAGAGGAGAUGGACCAGGUUCGCAAGCAGCGAGAGGAGGAGGAGCAAAGGCGACAGGCAGCAGAGGCAGAAGCAAGGGCUUUAAAGGAGAAAAUGGCGAAGGGUGGGACAGAGAGGGAGCCACGUGUGCAGGAGGAUCGUGUCGAGAUUUUGGAGCAGCCAAAUGGAAAGGAUGUGAACGCAGGCAACACAGAAGAGCCACGCCGUUCUGCUGCUGCUGCUUCUGGAGCUGCUGCUGCUGGUAGUGGUGGUGGUGGUGGCAGUGGAGUUGCUGCUGCUGCUUGCGGUGGUGGUGGUGUGAGCAUGGGAGGGGGAUCGGAGAAUAGGCAGGAGGAGCAGAGGCUGGAAAGGAGAGGGGGUGAGGGGAAGCAAGCAAGUGGGAGGAAGCAGGGGAAUGAUGACAUGGCAUUGAUGGAAGCUGACAGGGAUGAUGCCGGCGCUGACUCAGCGCAUGACCACAGUGAGUCAGCACGCAGAUUCGAUGAGUCAAGAUCCAUGAUGCGUGACUCAGCAGAGCACAGCCGGUUUGUGGCAUCACAGCUGAUAGCGCACUGUCCUCAAGACUUUCUAUCCCUCGUUGCAACUCCCCCUGCUGCUCACUUCCCUCCUGCCCUGGGUGCAACACCCGUUGCCACUCAUCUAUUCAACACUCCCACAGAAAAGCCCACUCGUGUGGAGCACAGACCCAUUGCCUCAGGCUCAGGCCCACUACAGGUGCUGCAUUGUCGCACCCCCCCACACGCACAGACUCAUAGUCUAGGCACGGCACGUCUCCUUUUUUCUGCAGAUGAAGCAAGGGGAUCAGCGGUUUCUCUGGGACGGAGAGGUGGAGAGGAGGAUGUGCGGAGUGGGGGAGUGGGUGGGGAUGCCAUGUGCGCAAAUGUGCAGCAGCAACUGCAGAUCGGCUUCUCAAAUCUCCUGAUUGGCAUCGACUCGCCCCACCACUUCUUCUCCACGCUGCUGGAUUUCGCCUGCUCACCAGUGAUUCUAUCCCAGCCAUCUCGCCUGCAAGCGAAGCGGAUAGGAGAAGGAGCACAGGAGGGCAGAUCAGACCAAGCUGCACAAGUGCGGGUCCCACCAGUGCGUCAAGGGGUCCUGACUGAAAGGAGAUCGCUGGUGCAUGGUGAGGGUGGUGAGGGGGGGGAAUUCGAGACGGACACGGGUGAGCAGCAGGGCAUGUGGGUGAGGGAGUGGAGGCUCGUGAUGGCUGCUGCAUUUCCUACAAGCGUAGCAACUGAAUGGACUGAUCUAACCGUGGAAACAUUGAGACGGAAACUACUGACAGAAGCAGAUGCAGCAGCAGCAGCGGCAGCUCAGGCAGCAGCAGAAGCAGCAGCACCGGCAGCAGCAGGUGUGGCAGCGGGAAGCAUCAUAGCUUCAGCACUAGCAGCCAUUCAGAUUCUGGUUGCUUCUAGUGCCUCUCUCACAGACCGCCACGUGUCCUUCUCUCAUUUGCUGCCAAGGCUCCUGACGUUGCUGGCAGCGUGGGAAGCAGGAAGAGUGAAGGGUGAUAAUAACGAGAGAGUGAGGGUGGUAGGGGUGGUGAUGAAACUGAUCCUGCUGCUGCUCCUCCCGCUUCCAUCACAUUUCCUGGAUAAGCACAUUCUGCUACAGUCACCAAAUUCUGGGACAGUGAGUGAUGAUGAGCACUCAGCAGUGACAUCUGCUGCUGCUUUUGCUGGCCUGCUGCUAGACGUCCUGUGCUCCCUCUUACAGGCCACUGCUACUAUGCAAGUCCACCGCAGGACACAGGCACUUAGCAUGCAGACCCGAACUGUUUCAGGAGGAUUCAGCCAUCGUGAAGCUUCUUAUAAAGGGGACAGGGGGGGGUUGGCGAGAGGGUUCAAGGCUGCGUGUGAGGGGGAGAGGAGGGCCUUGAGACGGCUCAAAGGUUUUGGCACAUCUCUAAGGGGGGUGGGGGAAGGGUACGGGUGUGCGUGUGGAGUGAUAGAAGUGCUGGGGCUGCUGUGUGGCUGGGCUGCUGGGAAAGGGAUGGAGGAGGGGAGUGGUUUUAGUGGAGAGGAGGGGAGGAGUGGAAGUAGAGGGAGUGAGUGUGGGAGGAAGGAAGGCGAGGAGACGGGAGGUUUGCAGAGGGUGAAGCAAGAGGAGCAGAGACGGAUGCUGGAGCAGGGGGAAGGAAUUGGGCAGGACACAGCAGGACGGGUGAGAGCAGGAGGAGGGGUGACAGCAGGAGUUCAGGUGGAAGGGAUGGAUGUGGAGGGGGGGAGCGCUCUUGCUGCUACAGCGCGGGUGAGGGAGGUGGUUGAGGGAGUGGGGAUGGAUACAGCGGGGUUGGAGGGGGUAGGGGUGGACCCAGCGCACGUUCAGGUCGUUGGGGGCUUGAAGGAGCGGGAUGGGAAGCUGGCGGCGAGCAAGGGGGUUAACGAACUGGUCUCCCUCUCCUGUGCAGAAGGAGCGGGAUGGGAGCUGGCGGCGACCAAGGGAGUCUCACGGGGAGAGCUCUCCCUCUCUUGUGCAGAAGGAGCGGGAUGGGGAGCUGGCGAUGAGCAAGAAGGAACACGGGGAGAGCUCUCCCUCUCUUGGAGCGGGAGGAGCGCGUGGCAACAGCGUGAAGGUAAAGAAGAAGAGAACGCUCUCCUUCUCCUGGAGCGGGAUGAGGAGCAGCACGUGGCAACAGCGGGAGGAAGAAGAAUCACUCUCCUUGUCCUGGAGCGGGCGGAGGAGGAGCGCAGGCAACACCUGGAGCGGGCUGGGGAGGUACCACGCGGAGAGCUCUCCCUCUCUCUUGCAGAAGGAGCGGGACUCGGAGCUGACGGCGAGCAAGGGGGUGACGGAAUGCUGCGACGGCAGGCGCCUGCUCGUCGUGCCGUGGCCCACCAAGACCCACCAUGGCGUGGGCUCACAGGUGGGAGGAGGGUGCUAGGUGGGCUUGCAGGUGGGAGAGGCGUGCUAGGUGGGCUUGCAGGUGGGAGAGGCGUGCUAGGUGGGCUUGCAGGUGGGAGAGGCGUGCUAGGUGGGCUUGCAGGUGGGAGAGGCGUGCUAGGUGGGCUUGCAGGUGGGAGAGGCGUGCUAGGUGGGCUUGCAGGUGGGAGAGGCGUGCUAGGUGGGCUUGCAGGUGGGAGAGGCGUGCUAGGUGGGCUUGCAGGUGGGAGAGGCGUGCUAGGUGGGCUUGCAGGUGGGAGAGGCGUGCUAGGUGGGCUUGCAGGUGGGAGAGGCGUGCUAGGUGGGCUUGCAGGUGGGAGAGGCGUGCUAGGUGGGCUUGCAGGUGGGAGAGGCGUGCUAGGUGGGCUUGCAGGUGGGAGAGGCGUGCUAGGUGGGCUUGCAGGUGGGAGAGGCGUGCUAGGUGGGCUUGCAGGUGGGAGAGGCGUGCUAGGUGGGCUUGCAGGUGGGAGAGGCGUGCUAGGUGGGCUUGCAGGUGGGAGAGGCGUGCUAGGUGGGCUUGCAGGUGGGAGAGGCGUGCUAGGUGGGCUUGCAGGUGGGAGAGGCGUGCUAGGUGGGCUUGCAGGUGGGAGAGGCGUGCUAGGUGGGCUUGCAGGUGGGAGAGGCGUGCUAGGUGGGCUUGCAGGUGGGAGAGGCGUGCUAGGUGGGCUUGCAGGUGGGAGAGGCGUGCUUGGUGGGCUUGCAGGUGGGAGUGGGGGAGGGCGUGAUGUGAGACGCUUCAAAAGUUGGGAUCUGUGGGUGGGAGCACCAGCUGUUCCCCGGCAGCUGCGACGGCAGGCGUCUGCUCGUCGUGCCGUGGCCCACCAAGGCCCACCACGGCGUGGGCUCACAGCCACCAGCAUGGGCGGAGCGUGGGAUUGUUAUUUCUUCCCCAUAGUGAAUCCCGACUGUGAGCGCGUGGUCUCGGAUAUGAUCGCCAACAACACCAUGCCCUCCCUCUCUCUUCGGACAAGCACGGGCGGGGCGUGGGGUUGCUACUUCUUCCCCAUAGUGAACCCCGACUCCACCAAAACAGGCGGGGCGUGGGGUUGCUACUUCUUCCCCAUAGUGAAUCCCGACUGGCACAAUCCCCUCGCUGCCUCGGCCGACCCACCCACGUGCUCCCCCGCUCCCCCUCCCCUUCCUCCUUUCCCAGCCACAAGCACGGGCGGGGCGUGGGGUUGCUACUUCUUCCCCGUAGUGAAUCCCGACUCCACGGGCACGGGCGGGGCGUGGGGUUGCUACUUCUUCCACAUAGUGAAUCCCGACUGUGAACGUGUGGUCUCGGAUAUGACCGCCAGCAGCACCAUGCCCGCCCUCUCCUCCGACAAGACAGGGCACAAUCGCCUCGCUGCCUCGGCCGACCCACCCCCAUGCUCCCCCCACCCCCACGCUCCCCCCUUCCCUUUUCCAGCCACAGGCACGGGCGGGGCGUGGGGUUGCUACUUCUUCCCCGUAGUGAACCCCGACUGUGAGCGAGUAGUCUCGGAUAUGAUCGCCAGCAGCACCAUGCCCCCCAUGUCCUCCGACAAGACAGGGCACAAUCGCCUGGCUGCCUCGGCCGACCCUGUGGUGCAUCUCAACUCCAGCUGCGACAGCCAGAUGAAGUUUGAGGCCCGUGCUGCUAAGCUAUGGGGCGAUGCGUACGCGAGGGCUCCGAAUGUGGUGGAGUACAUGGGGGCGCAACCGCCUGUUGAGGACAAACACCCCAUGGUGCACUGGUGGCGAUCCCAGUCGACUCGCUUCAUGCUGCGCUGGUCCUCCCCGCACACGUGCCACCAAAUCAACAAGGAGCGACACACCGCCUACGGCCUCCACACCGCAUCCCACCUCUCUCACUACACCGAAAUUCAGUCCGAGAUCCUCCGGGCCGUUGCAGGCAACACCCAAAUCAUCGCAGGCAACGCAUCCGAAACACCCGAAUCCAAGAAGCUUUUCGAGAUUUCCGCCGGCCCUCCGGGUCCCAUCGAGGCCCAAGUGUGGUCCGUCCGGGGGUUCGCGGGGUGCAAUGAGACGUGCAUGGGUGCAGCGAAUGUGAAGGCGAUAAGGGAGACGUAUGCGGCGGUGGGAGGGGAGCCGUUUGUGAUGCGGCCGAUCGUGAGUGUGCGCGUGCGGCAGAGCGACAAGGGCACAGAGAUGCGCCUGUCUCCGCUCGCCACGCACAUGUUCUUUGUGCACCGGCUGCGGCGCCACGUGCCGGACUUGCGAUACGUGUGGCUCAACACAGAAAUGGAGUCUGUGGUAAAAGAAUCAGCCUUGUACGCUGACUGGAAGUUCCUCUACUCCUCCAACUCGCGCCAGCCCGUGGACUCCAGGACGAGUCGUGUCUAUGAGCUCACGCAGUCAGUUGCAGCAAGUUUCGCGAGCGUUAUCAUCGCGUCGCAGUGUGACUACUUUGUGGGUGCGCUCGGGUCUAACUGGAGCAGAUUGAUUAACGAGCUGCGCUCCACGAAUGGGAGGUUGCUCAGCGGCUUUUAUACAGUCAACAUGGGGGAUUGGUAG